AUGGAUAAACGAGGAGAACAUAUAAGUAUUCCUCUCGAUGAAAUGAUUACUUCUAUAUCACGUAUUGGGAAUAGAGUAACUGAAUUAGAUCAUGAUGGAAGAUGGCGUUCAAACAAUUCUCUUUGGUCUGAAUUAGCCGAUGAUUUGGCUUGUCGGCUAUUAAUGAAAAAUACCAUUGGCAUUCGAAAAUAUAUUUAUAGCACAUGGAAUCGUAAAUCGUCAACACUUCGAUCUCGUUUCAUCAACUAUGAAUUGGAUAAAAAGAAAAAAACCAAACUUCAGCCACUUUCUUCAGUGCCAAGCUAUCAGAAGAUUUGUACAAGAUCUAAAUGUAAAGCGUCGUCGAACACAAAUUGUGGUGUUGGUGAGCCACGAAAAUAUUUGGUCGAAUUUUCCUAUGAGGAGUGGCGUUGUAUAUACAAAAAAGACAAUAACUCUCAUUAUAUGGAUAAAUCAUGGGGUGAUGCAUUCUAUGAUAAAUUGGUUGAUUACAAAUUGGUUACAUGCAGUCUUGCUUUUAACAAAUCAACUCUUCGAAAAAAAGAUUCUCGAAAGUAUAACACAUCUUUAUUUCAAUGUUACGGUCGAUGUUCGUAUCCUGAAUGUACUUUAACUGUUUAUAUGUGUAUGGCUAAACCAAUAGUAGUUGGUCAUAAUGUUAGUUUUUGGGUGCAAAUCGAAGGUACACAACGGCAUGCUGAUCAAUCAAUAUCUAUUGGUCGUCCAAUGAAAGGAAUUCGGCGAAAAAAGAUGGCUAAAGCAGCUAUGGAUCAUGGUACUUUGAAAACAUAUGAAACUAACGUACUUAAUGCUGAUGAAAAUCUUUUACGAUGCAAUAACUACACUCAAGUACCUUCCAUGGAUGUUCUUAAAACAGCUGUUAAAGAACAAGCUAAUAGCAUGCGUCUUGAUGCAGACAUGUUUACUGAAAUCAAAAUACUGUUGCUCUCUAUGUUUGCAUCGGAUACAACUUCAAAGAUCGAGAAUAAGGGUAAUUUGGAUUUGUUAAUUUAUAUAAGCUAUGUGCAAACACUUCAAUUAUGGCCAUUUGCAAGUGUCUUUUAUGGCGAAGCUCAAUUAUCUCGAUUUAUCGAAUACUGUUUAUCAGUUAAAGAUUCAUAUAUUUAUGUUGAUGCUACUGGUUCUGUUGUCAAAGCAUUACAAGAUCAAAAAAAGCCUUACUUAUAUCUUAUGUGCUUUAAAGAUGGCCAAGAUUCUUCCAAUUUAUUGCCACUGGCCGGUGCAUUGUUGACAGAUCAUACAACUGCAUCUAUUGCAAGUUGGUUGCUCAAGGUUCGUCAUAGCAUUGCUGUUACUCAUGGUCGUUUUCUUCGACCUAGCUACAUAGUCAUCGAUUUCUCUCCUGCGUUAUUAAAUGCUUUACUUUUAUCCAUGAAUCAAACAAAUAUUCAUUCUUAUCUGCGAUGGUGUUUCAAUGCAGUUAAAAAAAACUAUACGUCUGAACAACUUCAUUCCAUUUCAUGUAUACGUUUCUGCUGUGCUCAUGUAAUGCACGCAUUUACUCGAUCUUUGUCUAAGAUUAAAAUUGAAAAAAAAAUUCGGCAAAAAGCAACUGUCAUAUUUGGUGUCUUACUUAAUUGCAAUGAUUUUGAACAAAUCUAUGAACUAAUUGGUUGUAUCGUAUGCAUAUUUGGAUCACCUGAACUUGAUAAUGCUGAAGAAUAUCUUGAUAACGUUAUCAAAGCUGGUGGUGAUUUUAAUUCAGAUUUUGAAACAUUUAUAGAAGAUGAAAGUAUCAGCGAUACUCAACGUUUCAUUGAACAAGAAUUGUCAACAUUAGAUGACAAUUUCUUGUCCACAGCACCGAUUCUUCACCAAUCGCCGUUCACAAAAUUGGCCUGUGAACGUUCACCAGCAUUAUUAACUCUUAUUGAUAAAUCAAAAAUGCCAAAUGAAAAAGAUAUUAAAAAUUCAUUUUUUUCAAAAGAAUUGAUAAAAGUAUUUUAUAAAUGGAUCGCCUAUUUACCACUUUUUACUGGAUUAAUGCAUCGAUUUUAUGAACGAUAUGCUUCUGAUUUGAAUGAUGAUACAAAGUCUAAAGUAUUUGGAUGUGGUCGAGUUUCAAAUGCUCCUAUUGAAUCUUUUUUUAAAAUCAUAAAACAUUCAAUUCUUCGACAUCAAACAAAUGUUCGACCUGCUGAUUUUCUUUUGAAGUUAUAUUCAACAACAAGCGCUCGACUUAAAGCUAACAUGCACAAUAUUCAACAAACUGGGUCUAAAAGACGAGGACGAUCUAAAAAAAAAGAAGUAGAUACAACAAUUUUAACUGAAAAAUGGAAAAACAAAGGAACAGCAAUAUCAAAUCGUGGUGUUUAUUUUAAUAAAUUUGUUGAACCUGUACUAACAGCAAGCGAUAUUCGAAGUCGACUUAAAGAAAAACUCGAAAUGAGAAAAAAUCAACCAGACAAUUAUGAAAAAAACGGAAAUAGGACAACUACUGGAACAACAAAUCCAACAUUUGAUGAUAUUCUUAUUGAAAAUGUUGAAACUCAGGAGUUUUUCGAUCCAUCACAAGAAGAACUAAAUGAACAAAAUAAAAGUGUGUCUUCAAUUCAGCAUCAUACAACAGAGCAAAACAUUUCUGUUAAUAUCCAAUCGAUUAAACCUACAACAUUAUUAAAAAAAAAUAUUAAUAUUAAUGAAUCAGCUCAAACAACAUCAACAACAUCUAAUUUUACAAAGCAACAACUGCCACAAGUCGAAGAAUUCGAUUUACCAAUUGGAUGGCCGAAAUAUACAAUGGUGGGUGAUUUACGGUUACCAUUUCCACAUUUCAACAUUGGACCAACUUGGUUUGAGGGAAAACGAUAUUCAGCUUCAAAUACAUGUGCAUUAGAUUCUUCAUUAUUCUUGCUUUACUACAUUUACAUGUCUCAUUUGGAAGACUUCCGUUCUUUAUUUGAUCCAAAUAUUUUAAUUUGUGAACAAUUACGAAAAACAUUUGAUUUAGUCAAUGCCCAAGGAUGGGAUAUUGCUAGAUUAUACUGGAUAUCGACUCAUUCAACCCAUGUAAAUCAGAACGAUGUUAGUCAACAUCAUGAUUUGUAUGCAACUGCCGACAAUAACGUAUUUCAAUAUGUAAGAGAUUUACAAAAGCAUGCUAUCAAAUCUACAUGUAGAUCGAAAGAUUGUCCAAAGUUAGAAAAGUUAAACUAUUCUGUCGAUAUAUCUAUGCCGCAGCUUAGUGGUCGUAACCGUAGCUCGAUGAAGUUGACAAAUUUCUUAACCGAAUACAUCACAAACUGUGGUGCAACUAUUGGACCUAUUGAACCUACAUCGUACAAUGGAUCAUAUAGUCAAGAUGACUUUUUUCCAGAAAGAGACGGAAAUGGAACUCGAACAAUGUUUAUAUGUGAAUCCGGUCGAGUUGCUGAGCCUCAUCAAUUUGUUUAUAAAUCACCACCAGUAUUACUCUUGAAUGUGGGACAAAUAAAAUUUGAUAUAGGCAAAAAUGAAACAAUAGUGCCUACGGUUAAACAUUUACCGUUUCUAAUUAUAAUUGGCAAGCAAUCGUAUUGUCUGGCAGGAGCAAUGUGUCCGAAAGCAGGACAUUUUACUGCUACAAUUGUUCGUGAAAAAGGAAGAUUUUCCAAAUACGAUGAUCGAUGCAAAGUUGGUGUUAAAAACAACGAAGGUGGCGACGACUUUGUAGAAACUGCAAUUUAUGCAAUAGAAAUGAACAAUAGCUAA